AUGGCCUCUGCGGUACCCGCAACAGCAGAAGGGGGUGCUGGUCACUCCCAGGCUGCCUCCGGGCACCACCUACACGCAGUGAACCCUCAAUCUAAGCGUCGCACAAUGAUCGCAACACCAACGGGCCAGUGGGCACUAGGGAAAACAUUGGGUGCGGGUAGUAUGGGUAAGGUCAAAGUUGGAAAGCACUUGGAGACUGGGGAACAGGUCGCUAUCAAGAUCGUGCCCAGACAGUCAACGGAGGAACAUAGAAAUCAACGUGAGGCCGAUAGGGCAGAUCGCUCAAAGGAGGUUCGGACCGCUCGCGAGGCGGCCAUUGUCAGCCUUGUGAAUCACCCUUACAUUUGCGGUAUGCGAGAUGUGGUAAGGACCAAUUACCAUUGGUAUAUGCUUUUUGAGCUGGUCAAUGGUGGUCAGAUGCUGGACUACAUCAUCUCCCACGGCAAGCUAAAGGAGAAACAGGCGAGGAAGUUCGCUCGCCAGAUUGCAAGUGCGUUAGACUACUGUCAUCGCAACAGCAUCGUGCACCGAGACUUGAAGAUCGAAAACAUUCUCAUCAGCAAGACCGGAGACAUUAAAAUUAUUGACUUUGGCCUUAGCAACCUAUUCUCCCCGAGAAGCCUCCUGAAAACAUUCUGCGGCAGUCUUUACUUUGCUGCGCCUGAGCUGCUCCAGGCAAGGCAGUACACUGGGCCCGAAGUAGACGUCUGGAGUUUUGGUAUUGUGCUUUACGUCUUGGUGUGCGGCAAGGUCCCGUUCGAUGAUCAGAGCAUGCCGAAACUCCAUGCGAAGAUUAAAUCUGGCGCAUUCGAAUACCCUCCUGGCCUAACUGCUGAAUGCCGCCACAUUAUCUCGCGCAUGCUGGUAACUGAUCCCAAACAGCGCGCAAGUUUGGCAGAGAUCAUGAAUCACCCAUGGAUGAACAAAGGUUUUAAUGGACCUCCUGAUAAUCACCUUCCUCAUCGUGAACCACUGCAGCUCCCGUUGGAUCCAGAGGUCAUCGAGAAGAUGACUGGAUUUGAAUUUGGAAAACCGGAGUUUAUCACAGCACAACUCACUAAAAUCAUAGAGUCUGACGAUUAUCAGCAUGCGAUUGCACUCAAUGCCCGUGAACAGCCUGCCCCUGCUCACUCCGAUAAGAAGCGCGGCGUCUUUGACUUUUACAAGCGACGAAACUCGGCCAGCAAGGAUACUCUCUCAGCCCCUUCAGCGGAAGCUGUCCAGCUAGGAAACGAUCCGUUAAACGCUUACAGUCCGUUGUUGUCUGUGUAUUACCUGGUCAAGGAAAAGCUGGACAAGGAGCGAAGCGAGGCUAACCCAGGGGCUCUCGGCCUCGUCCAAGCUCCGGUGGACACGCUUCAAGUACCCGACCUUGCGCCCCCGGAAGCCGCUCAUACGAACCAGUACCAUGUGCCCGGAGAAAAAGAUACCGGAAGGCGAUCACGACCGCGCGCACGGACCCAUGGUGAUGACGAUAUUACAGAGGGCAUGAAGAAUGCCAGCCUCGCAUCCCAUAAUGGACAAGCUUCACACAGCCCCGCCGGAUCCCAACCAGAGACCCCUGCCAAGAAAGAAAGCACUGCCGCGGGACUUUUGAGGCGCUUUAGCACGCGGAAAACGAAGGACCGGAGCCGCGACCGCGAACGAUCAAGGCUGGCAAGCCCUCAUCAGCCGUCGCUCAAUGUGCAGCCGCCGGCUGACUCUGCUUCUCCUCUCUCUAGAGGGUUUAGCAUGCGAAAGAACCGCCGUACGGAACCGUCCCCGAGGGCAAUUCCGUCAACGGGCAGUCAGCCCCAACAUCAAGAUCUCCUCAAGACCCCUGGACCUACAGAGCCGGCCUCGCGGUCCAACAAGUACUUGGAGAGAUCAACCAGCGUCAGCUCAGGCGAACCACGGCAUCGACGGUCUCGCCGAACCGAGGGCGAUUCUGGGAGCCAGCCGCCGCAGACGAGUGGCUCAGAGUAUGUAGCUGUUCCAAAGGACCCGGCAACUGGGCGCGAACAAAAAUUAGCGACGCGUACGCACGCUAGCCGGACAAUGUCCCUUGGUCAUGCUCGCCGUGAAAGCAUACAGGCCCGCCGGGCUCGACGGGAUGCUGCGAGAGAAGCCAAUGUUCCUGAAGAGACGGAUGGCGAGAUCUCCGGACCAGGGGCUGCGUUGGAAAGUGCGAAUGAAGAAGACUUGUCCAAACCAGUCUACCUCAAAGGCCUGUUUAGUGUUUCUACUACCAGCAGCAAGCCACUUGCCUUUAUUCGCGCCGAUAUAAUCCGGGUUCUGAAGCAGCUUGCUGUCGAGCACGAGGAAAUCAAAGGUGGCUUCAGCUGUCGCCAUGCGCCCAGCAUCGACUUGGACAAGGUAGUCGAUAAUGGACCUCCUAGUCCAGAGCGACAAGGCCAGGUUUCUAGCCACCGUCGCCGAAUCAGCUUGGGCGGACUUUUGAAUCACGACGAUGGCCGUGAGGAGAUCACCCGAACCACAUCGCGCCGCCGUCAACGAGCCCCAGAUCGCAGUUUUGUUUCGAACUCUGACGCAUCGGACGAGUACCUCGAAACUCGCGAUACCACCGUGACAAGCGGAGAGCGUGUUGUUGGAGAGACAACCACCCGAGUGCAAAGUGACACGGGCGGGAACCUGGUCCUCCGGUUCGAGAUCCUCAUUGUUAAAGUGCCGCUGUUCUCGCUGCACGGUAUCCAGUUCAAGAAGGUCUCUGGAGGCAUGUGGCAGUACCGAGAGAUGGCGAAAAAGAUUUUGGAUGCCCUGCGACUUUGA